GGAAAGCCUUCGAGAAAUUGGUUAUACUUUAUGUACUCAUAGUAUCGCUUCACGCAAACACAAACUGUGGGUAAAACUCAUAUGUUUUGCAAUAACUGUAAUAAAUCGCAACAUUUAGUCACCAAUUGAUCGCUAAAUUAGACUCUGAUUUGCGUUCAAUUAAGCGUUCAUUCAUUCAUUUGCAUACACUUUGGACACCAUUUGAUUGCAUACAGUGUUUGUCUCAGCGUUUGAUACACAGCUCGCACACAGCGCUUGUAAACGGGAUUUGACUGUAAAUUGAAUGCAAAUCAAUGAAUGCAUUGAACAGAGACAAAUGAUCUAAAAGUGGACUAAAGUUCAAGUGUUGUCUCAUUACUGAAACCAAUUCUCUUGCCAUUCAUAGCUCAAGAGUGAGACCAUCGGCGGCCACAAAAUGCUGCAACAGAUCCGCAAACUCAAGAUUCUUCGCGUCCUCUUCAGCCUCUCGUUCUUCAUCUCCGGAAUUAUCAUUAAUUUGAUUCAAUUCUCGCUGUAUGUGUCGGUCAGACCUGUCGACAAGAAGCUGUACCGAAGACUCAACUAUUAUCUCAUAUACACUCUGUUCUCACAGGUGGUGGCCAUCAGCGAGUGGUGGUCUGGAUCUCGGGUCCGCAUGUUCUUCGCCGACGAGAAGAGUAGGGACUCUCACGCUGUGGACCACACGUUGUAUAUCAUGAAUCACAGGUACGAAUUGGAUUGGCUCUACGCCUGGAUGGUUCUCGACAAGUACGAAUUGGAUUGGCUCUACGCCUGGAUGGUUCUCGACAAGUAUGAGUCGCUCGGGAGCGCCAAAUCGUUCGCCAAGAAGUCACUCAAGUGGUUGCCUAUCAUCGGCUGGGGUUGGGUUUUGGAUGAGUUUAUAUUCCUCGACAGAGACUGGAAGAAGGAUUCGGUAACUCUGCCCAAAGCCUUGGAUCAGUUGAUGGCAUACGAGUCGCCCAUCGCUCUGUUGCUGUUCUCAGAGGGAACGCGUUUCACUGAAUCCAAGUACGAGAACAGCAUUGCUUUCGCCAAACAACGAGGUUUACCUCAACUCAAGUACCAUUUGUUGCCGCGAACUAAAGGGUUUGCCUUUUGUGUGCAACAUAUCAAAGACAAUUAUCCCGAUGCAGUUAUUUAUGACAUUCAACUCCGAUUUGAUGACAACGCCAUACAUUUGCCAUCUUUGACAUCCAUAGUGAGAGCCAAACCCUUAAGUGGAGACUUAUAUUUGCGUCGAAUCCCUAUCACUGAUGUGCCCACAGAUACAGAGGAAGACAUCAAUACAUUUCUCUAUGAUUUAUACCAGAAAAAGGACGAUCUGAUGGAAUACCACCAAAAGAACGGGAAGUUUCCGGGAAUUCUAGUCGAAAAGUCCCGAAGAAUAGCGCCGCUAAUCAAUUGGAUGUCUUGGUUUGUCUUCGUUAUGAUCUCUCUGUCGUAUAUUCUGUUGAAUGUGUUCGCGUCUGGGAAUCUAUAUCUAAUCAUUUCGACGACUCUUAUCUUUGCAUUCGCUUUGGGAUCCGUUUAUAUGAUGAUUGGUUCGACUAAAAUCAAAAAGGGUUCAAAAUAUGGCACUAAAAGCGAUAACCGAAAUAAAAGUGAUUCCCAAUUGAAUCCAAAUAACAAUUUAGAUAAUAAUUCGAGUUUACGGAAGCGUUUGAAUGAAAACAAUACUUCAGAAUCUAUAGAGAAUUGAAAAGCUACAAAAAAUACUAUGUUUUUAUUGACAAUUUAUAUAAUAAUUAUACCAUUUAUUUAGUCCUAAACAC